GCUGUUCCUGUGCUGUGCUGGGCAAAGGGGCCCAGGGAGGGAGGGCGGCCCAAGGGGCGGGGAGGGCGGGCCCAGGGCGGGCCCAAGGGGCAGGCUUUGCAUUGCAGAUGCUACAGGACAGGGCUGCAGCUGGCCGAGGGGUUUCGGGUUUUCCGGCGAGCCAACAAGAACGACGAUGGCAGGCUGUCCUUUGGGGAGUUUAAGAACUAUUUUGCUGAUGGGAUUCUGAGCGCCGAGGAGCUGUGGGAGCUGUUUAGUGGAGUCGACGGCCGUCAUUCCGACAACGUAGAGACGGAGAAGUUGUGCGAUUAUUUCUCGGCGCACCUGGGGGAAUACAGCCACGUGCUCUCGGCUUUGGAAGCCCUCAACACUGCUGUGCUGGCUGCCAUGGACAGAGCCAAGCUGGCCUAUGAGAGCUCCUCCGAGGUGGAGCAGUUCGUGACCCGCUUCCUGCUGCGAGAGACCAGGAGCCAGCUGCAGGGCCUGCAGGCCUCGCUGGAGUGCGCCGCGGACACGCUGGACCAGCAGGCCGGGCGGGAGAGGUCUCGGAGGCCCGUCUGCUUGGCUCCAACAGACCCCUCUUCCGGGAUGCUCACGACAGGUACGGGCAGGGCCGGGCAGAGCGGGAGACGCCCAGCCGGUGAGUCGCGGCACAUGAAUCCCCAAGGCCCCGUUGGUCCCAGCAGCCGGAGUGCUGAGAGCGGUCGCUAUUCUCUCUGCAGCGUGUCUGCCCACCAGCCGACGAGCAAGGCCCACUUCGUCCUCUCUGAGUUCUGGCAGGACACGGCUUCCUGGCGAAGUCACCUGCAGUCCGGCACCAGCAAGACGUUCCAGGGGGCCCUCGCCAACUUGCUGGAGUCCCCUGAGCUUGUGACCACCAUGAUCUUGCCAGCCUCCUGGUGGAUCAUGAACAACAACUGAUGCUCUGC